AAACUUAUCAAGUUCAAUUAAAUUUCUUGGUAAAUGCAAUAUUGAACCAGUCGCCAGUCGGCGAAUCACUUUUGUAUUGGAACGUCGAACAUUCUUGUCUCAAUCCAAUCAUCACGAUAACCACGCAUUCCUCUAACCUAAAAAUCGUUUUUCUGUUGUGAAUCGUUGGUGGUGUUGUGCGUUUCGAUAAUAAAUAAUUGAUAAGUGGACAUUCGUGAUAAGUGUUUUUUUUUAUCGCAACGAUAAGGAUUUUAUAAAAACUGUGAUUUCAUCGAGGACGGUGGAGGUGCGGACAACAGCGCAGGCGUCGGCGUCGUCGGAGCCGUCGAAAGACGUGGAGGUGGCGGCGGAGGGGGUGGCGGGGAAAGGGGGGGUACGGGUAUCGGGAGGCGCGCGCCAAGUUUGCGCCUAGCGAACGGACGCGUAGCGGCGGCUUCGCAGUCCGAAGAAGAAAUUCGCACGCCGCCGCCGCAUUGUCGACUCGCCAAAGAUGACUCGAUCAAGAUCAGCAUCGAGAAUACUAACACGUGUACCGAUUCGCUGGUGACGGCUAUCGACGACGAAACGUUGUUAAUCACGGAUUACCUCUCUAACGAUAUGAAUUACAAGGGCAGCGGAAAGGUUCACUUCGACGAUGUGUCCCUUUACGGCACACCGAAAGAAGAACCAGGACCAACGCCACUGGGUUCCGCGGAAGCUGGCAAACAGAGUUUUAUCAAGAACCAACUGCAAGCCCUUUUCCAGCCAACAGAUAACAAGUUGGCAAUGAAACUGUUCGGCUCAAAAAAGGCUUUGAUGAAAGAAAGGAUCAGGCAGAAAGCUGCAGGACACUGGGUUAUACAUCCUUGUUCUAGUUUCCGAUUUUACUGGGACCUGUGUAUGCUGUUACUGUUAGUGGCAAAUUUGAUAAUAUUGCCAGUCGCAAUAAGUUUCUUUAACGAUGACCUCAGCACACGCUGGAUUGCCUUCAAUUGUCUGUCCGAUACCAUUUUUUUAAUCGAUAUUGUUGUAAAUUUUAGAACAGGUAUUAUGCAACAAGACAAUGCCGAACAGGUCAUAUUAGAUCCAAAAUUAAUAGCUAAGCAUUAUUUGAGGACAUGGUUUUUCCUCGAUCUGAUUUCGUCCAUUCCCUUAGAUUAUAUAUUUUUAAUAUUUAACCAAGAUUACGGCGACAGUUUCCAAAUCCUUCACGCAGGACGCGCGUUACGUAUCCUGCGUCUCGCUAAACUAUUGUCCUUGGUACGACUUCUGCGUUUAUCCAGGCUAGUGAGAUACGUCAGUCAAUGGGAAGAAGUAUAUUUUUUGAAUAUGGCCAGCGUUUUUAUGAGGAUAUUCAAUCUAAUUUGUAUGAUGUUGUUGAUUGGUCACUGGUCGGGGUGUUUACAAUUUUUAGUUCCGAUGCUACAAGGAUUCCCCCCAAAUUCCUGGGUUGCUAUCAACGAAUUACAGGAAGUAUCCUGGUUAGAACAAUACUCGUGGGCGCUGUUCAAGGCGAUGUCCCACAUGUUGUGUAUAGGUUACGGUAGGUUUCCGCCUCAAUCGCUGACAGAUAUGUGGUUAACCAUGCUUUCAAUGAUAUCCGGAGCGACGUGUUACGCACUAUUUUUGGGCCACGCCACGAAUUUGAUACAAAGUUUGGAUUCGUCACGAAGACAAUACAGAGAAAAGGUAAAGCAAGUCGAAGAAUACAUGGCGUACAGGAAAUUGCCGAGAGAGAUGCGUCAACGCAUAACCGAAUACUUCGAACACCGUUACCAGGGCAAAUUCUUCGACGAAGAAUGUAUAUUGGGAGAACUAUCCGAGAAACUACGAGAAGACGUCAUCAACUACAAUUGCAGGUCCUUGGUGGCGUCUGUACCAUUCUUCGCGAAUGCGGAUUCGAACUUUGUAUCCGAUGUUGUUACCAAAUUGAAAUAUGAAGUCUUCCAACCUGGUGAUAUUAUCAUAAAAGAAGGAACGAUCGGUUCCAAGAUGUACUUCAUCCAGGAAGGUAUCGUCGAUAUCGUAAUGGCGAACGGUGAAGUAGCUACUAGUUUAAGCGACGGUUCCUAUUUCGGUGAAAUCUGCCUAUUGACAAACGCCAGAAGAGUGGCGUCCGUCAGGGCGGAGACGUACUGUAAUUUAUUUUCAUUGUCCGUGGAUCAUUUCAACGCAGUACUCGAUCAGUACCCCCUGAUGAGACGCACAAUGGAAUCGGUGGCGGCGGAGAGGCUAAACAAAAUAGGUAAAAACCCAAAUCUGCUAGCCCAUCGAGAAGAAGACUUGGGUAGCGAAAGCAAAACGAUUAACGCUGUAGUAAAUGCCCUAGCCGCGGAAGCGGAUCAUGUAAAUAUGUCGAACGAAUCCGUAGCACGACUCCAUUCCAGCGAUCGAGACCUUCGAGAAUUAGGUUGGAAUUUACAAAAACUCGCCCUACCUAGACCUAAAUCGGAAAAUAAUUUCGCUUCGCAGGACAUGUCUUUAUUCCGAAGUAGCGAAAACAACGGAAGAAUAUCCUUCCAUAAAUCCGACACUUUCCAUAAGGAAUCUAACUUACAAUGACGGCACUCCACGCACUAGUGUUCAGUGUUGUCAGAUCAACUGUGUCAGAUGCCGGUGCUCACUGUUGCCACAGCUGCACUCAUCUUGCGCACAGACCACCAUUGAACUGGCCAUACACUGUACUAGUGCGUGAACAAAGAUACGGCGUAUGAUGAAACGUCGAUAUAUGAAACGUUCUAAUCUUCGACAAAUAAUUUUUUUCUUGUUGUACGUGAUUUGCGUUAUAAUAUUCACAAAAAAUAUCAUAUAUUAUUAAAUUCCAAAGUACCUUUCGUGAAAUAUUUUUCUGCGAAAUAUAUAGGUUAGGAAUUCACAAAAUUUAUUAUAAAAUUAAUCACUGCUGCGCGGAUGAAAUUUUUCUUUGUUGAAAUUUCGGUGGUUCAAUGAUCACGUCGAAGUUUCGUCAUGCGUCUGUUUCUUUUUUUGUUUUUUAUUGAAGCAAUAAGUGAUAUGGACACUUCGCUAGAAUUGUGCAAUAUUAGAACUAAUGUUAAGUUUUAGCUUUAAUGAUUUAGGUGCUCAACAAAUUUAUAUUGGAUACUAGAGACUUCACAAACCCGGUUUUUGGGUACUCCACUUAAAUCGCUAUAUCGUUUCUGGGUAAUAAAACACUUUUUAAAUAAAUAUUAGUAAACAUGUUAUCGACUGAAUUUUGCAGAAAAUUGUUAUACGUAUAUUAUGAUGUCAAAGCAAAUUUAAGGAAAAUAAAGUGAUAUACACUGAUGUAACUUCUCUAAUUGAUUCGUUUUAUACAACAAUUCAACAUUAUUUUUACCAAACUAUUCGUAAAACUUCAAUCCAAUUCUUGUUUAUAUGUAUUGAUUACCAUAAAAUAAUUGAAACAAACUCCAAAUUUUCUAUUUGAUACAUUGUGGUAGGAAUUAUAUCACUAAGAUAGGAGGUACAGUAUAUUAAAACCUCACUGGAAAAAUAAUGUAACAUGAGUUCUUCUUCUUUUUUAAUAUCAUCUUUUUUGGUAGCCUGUCCAGGGAUCAUCGUGUUUUUAAUUUCUGGUUCUUUGCCCAUCUGUUUUAUGGCAUUUGUUCGACGUGAUUAUGUUUAAAUUUCUUUAACCGAUCUUUCCACGUCCCAAAUUUCCAGUUCUCUAAUAUCCUGACUUUUCCCUCGAUAUCUGAUGCUUACUCCCUUAAUUCUUCAUUUUUUUCUAUGAUUCUGUAGCCCGCUGCGGGCCUUGACCUCCCUAAAUAUUCUUUCCCAGCCCUCUUCGAAUUGCGUUUAUCUAGAAGAUUGAUCGCAGCUUUGUGUCACCUUUCCUAUAUCUUCAAAUCAAUUCAAGUACUUAUCCAACAUUCUCUGUUCAUCAAUUGGCUCUAUAUAUGGCAUAUUCAUCGCAUUCUCUGUACUCUGAGAUAUUCUAAUAUCUUUAGUUUAUGUAUAUUUGAUUUAAUCUGCAUCCUCCAACUUCCAUUUCAUUAUUAUAGGUCUUGUGUAUGUGCAGGGAGAACAUAGCACGCCUUAUUUAUCUCCUUGAUUCUUCUUCUGAUUUCUGUGUUUUCGUUUCUCUCCUUAGUAAGCUCAACAUCCAGGUAUAUGAAACCUGUAACUAUUCCCAGAUUUUCAUCUCCUAUUUUUACAUUGGGGAGCAUUCUAUUUCCUUAAAUUAUCUAAAUAUCUUCUGAACGUUUAAAAUCCGCAUUUUUUGUGAGCAUACGAACUUUUUAUGAACUUGACAUUCUUAUGCUCUAAACUCAAGAUCUCUCGAUAAUGGUUGAUAAUCCAACAUAAAUUAGAGGUUAGUUCGUGGUAAAAUGGAAAGUAGGACGAAUGCGCAACCGUUGAACUAAAAAUCAGUAUACAAAUCCAAGGAUAUGUUGGACAUAUUCAGAACUAGAAAUCUAUGCUUAAAGGAACAGAAUGUCAAAUCCCAAACGUGCUAUAUUCGCCCCGCGAACGCACAAUUUCAAACUGCACUUGGAUCUGACAUGACAUAACAUGUCCAGAUCUCUACCACGGUCACGAGAUAUAAUGAGUUGUAAGGAAGCGCAACGUUGCCAUUUUUAAUUAACUGUCAGUCAUAUAAAUUAACAACAUGGAUUGUGAAGUUCUGUUUUGUUAUUGUUUUUCUCGGUUGAGUCAGAUUUGUCUUUGUAUUGUGUCUUGUGUGUAUUUAUUUACUGCAUUUAUCAUAAUUAUUUAAUUUGAUCUGUGUUGGGUUAGAAUAUAACAAUUUUUAAUAUAGGUUAUGGAAGAAUAGGGUUUCAAUAUCAAUCAUGUGAUUUUACUGCACCCUUAAUACUAUAACUAAGUACAGAAAAAAAUUGGAUAUAAUUUAAUCAUGAUACGAUGUCAUUAACUUUAUUUUGAAUAAAUAAAUUUCAUUUUUCUGUUAAUAAACAUGAUAUAGAACAUGCUACAACUUCUUUACUUGGAUCCAAUUCGGCAACGUUGCCCAUAUAAUCAGUUGUAGGUUAUCAGGCAGAUUUCCAACUGCUAUGACAAGAACUUUCGACCUGAAAUCAUCCCUGAAAUACAACUGAAGUUUUACAAUGAUAUUUUGUUGAAUUGUUGAAGAAAAAGGAAUAGUUAGAAGUUGCACAAUGUUAUUUAGAAUAAUAUUUAGCAAAUCAAUGAUAAUUGUGAUUUUCACGUUUUAUUCUUAUGUACAAAUUUCAAAAUUCCUUGAGAAUGGUCAGUACAACCAGGUGUAUUGAUCAUUUGGUUAUUGACCUUGAAUCCAAACAGCGGCGCUGUUUUUUUUGUAAGUAUUUAGUUGCAUUCUCGAUGUAUUUACUUCGUAUUAUUAUAUUUUCAUGUUAUCAACUAAUUAAAUACCGUUUAUAUUCAAUUCGAAAAAAUAGAGUUUUGAGUUAGACAAUUAAAAACAAAUAUUUAUAAUUGGAUAUGGCUUUACUGUUUUUUGAUUGAGGUACCUCCAAAACGUGUCAUUUGAACGAAUCACGUGUAAAAAAACGUUGAUCUCCCAAUUUAUUUUUGAUCUGCGGGAAUAAGAAGAAAUCAUUGAGUGCCAAACAAGGUCUGUACAGUGGAUGAUCCAUUAAUUCGAUGUUUUGCGAGUUGGACAAUUACGGUAUGUCACAGCAUCGAUGUAUUCCAUCACAACAGCCGAUUUUGGACGACUUUCACGAAAUAGGGUCCUUGCAGUGGUCGGUAAUUUGGGUACUUAAUAUAUUUAAAAAUUUAUAUAUUACUUCUUAUUUAUGAAUUUAGGUUGAAUUGUAUUAUAUUAUAACUUAAAAUAUCAUAAAUUGAUGAUAAUUUGAAUGAUAUCACGUGACAGAAAACAUAUUUCUAUUGGUUACUGCGGUUGUGACGUAGAAAGUAAGUAAAUACUGAAACAUGGUCGUCGCGUGUCGCCUUUCAAACGCCAUUUUCUUGUUGUGAGUGGAGGUAAUUGGUUAUUUAGAGCGAUUUGUGUUUUUGUAAGGGUUUCAAAUUGAAAUGAUGGCCGAAAUAUGAUUUAUCGAAGCAAGAUCGCAUAAAGUAAAAGCAGAUACGUAAGUACUACUAAUUAGAGUUUCUUAUAGUAACAUUUUCACAUUUGUUUGCUUGAACUUUAUUAAAAUGUAGUCAUAGAGUUGAUAGCUUUGAAGGUUAUGUGUUGAUUAAAGCUUUCGAUGCUAAAACAUUUGUAUUAUCUUAACAUGUUAACAUUUUUUAAAUACCAAUAGAUAAAACAUUGAAAUGGUCUUCACAAACAUAUACUGGGUCGCCAGGUUUGACUUUAUUUGGUAUUUUUAUACUAGUUUUUGUACAUUCUUGUAUGCACCAACGAUACGUCAUCUUGUAUUGUACAAAAUUGUACUUCUAACCUCACUUAAGUCUGUUUACUUACUUUCUACGUCAUACUCAGUCAUAUGACAACAAAUGCGUGGUGGCGCGUCAUUUAGGCAUUUAAAUUCAUUUUUUAUGAACUAAUAUACCGUUUAAAAAAAAUUAAAAAAUGGUGUGUGAUUAAAAACGAUAUACUAAACGGUAGUUAAGGUAUAAAAAAAAGUUUGCAAGGACCCUAUUAUUUAAUAAAAAUAAAAGAACAAUAUUUGUGUUUUUAUUACAUUUUUAUAUUAGUUUCCCGGUAUAUGUUAUGCAUAAUGGAUACCAGUCAAAUUUGAUUUAUCUAAAGAGUUUUAGGAAACAAUAUUUUUUAAAUGUAUAAUUUUUUUGACAUAUAACAGAACUUCAUAUUUCUUAAACACCUGGUAUGAUAUUAAAUUAAAUUAUUUUCAGUCUUGUAUUUAUAUAACUUGGGGUUAUCGGUUAUAAUUUCGUCUUUAGAUGAAUUAGUGUAUAGUGAGGUCUCUUCAAUGCUAAAUAUCAGUCCUUGUGGGUGGGUCAUUUGCCAAUGAUUUUGUGAAUAUUUUCAAAAAUUAUUAGAAAUAAUUUCAUCUUUCAUAGUCUUUUUACAUACUAAGGCAAGCUCAAUAUUUUUUCUUUCUAUUCGAGAGGUGAAUUAAUAAACACUGUCUCUCACGUUCUUAAUUUAUUUACACACUAUACAAUACACUUAACUUAAUAAUAAUUCACUUAAAAAUAUCACUUAAAUUUAUUUAAAACUGAACUAACUACAUUUACACAACUGAUUUUUAUACCUAAAUAAAUUUCUACUAGAAUUCUUCUAGAACAAAAAGAAAUAAAUACUUUCCUAGAAAUUAUUUAGAAGAAAUAAUGUAAAUAAACCGCCUGCUACAAUAACAAUUAUAUAGAGUAUCUCGACAACUAAUGGGACCUUACUGUACAAUAGCAUCGACUGGUGAGCGAAAAAGGAUCAUCCUUAUUGUAACAUGGAAAUCAAAAACGAUUUUUUUAUUCCGAUCAAAAAUAUUAAUUGUACAAUAAAUCUAUUUAAAAAGUAGUAGGAGCUUUGUAUACCAAAAUCCCAUUGCAAUAACCAAAAUUGCACAAUUCUUGUACUAAAUUCUCAAAAGAUUUGGUACAGGUUAUAAAAAUAAAUAAUAGAACACAAUCCUGACACAAUAUUUAUCUUUCUACAGCCAAUCAUACUCCCAAUCAAUUUGUAUUGUAUAUACAAAAAAAAACAUACUUACAUUUUAUAUAAAAACGAAAAUGUACUAAAAAUGAUGCAAUGAAAUUAGAAAACUCGCACACAUUGUAAAGAUAUUAGCUUUAAACAAUUAAUUACAGAAAUUGAAAAAAUACAGCUAAUAUUUACUUUCGCUAUGUUUAGUUUGAAGAAAUUUGUGUGAAAUAUAUCAAAAAAAAACUAAAAGUUAAAGACAUAGAGGUGGUUUUGUCUUUGCUUUACGUUUUACGAAAAUUACAAACAAAAAAAACAAGACAUAUCUAAAAUUUCGUUAAAAACAAUUCGGCGUAAAUUGAAUUCAUAGGAGACCAUUCAAAUAUUACGUAAAUUCACCUGCAAAACAGUAAAUAAUUAUCAAAAUAUCUUCACACUUAUUUCUUUGUUGGAAUCUCAUACUUAUCCUACUUUUUAGCAAUAUCAUUCGAAAAUAAUAUUGAAACAUAUCUCCAAACAGAACGAAAGAUAUUAGUGAUAAAAAAGUAUAAGCAAUAUUAAGAUUAAUUUUGAUAUAAAAUUUCACUUUGAAAUAUAUUUGUCACAUAUUGAGCAAUCUAAUGAACUGUUGCAAUGCCCAUUUUAAUAUGGCCGCCGUGGGGUAAACAAAUGCUUUUGCCGUAAGUUUCUGUUCGAUUUGUGAAGUUAUUAGCUGGAUUUUAGAUUCCCGGUUUCAUUGUUUUAGGAGUCGCUAUUUGAAGAAGUGCGAAAUUUCCUUCCGGAAACGUUGCUCGUUCUCUAUAUCUCGUUCUCACAAUACUAAGCAGUAUUGUGCUUUGUGUAGGUUAAAAAGAAGUAUAUUGGAAUCUGGUGGAAAAUGAACAGGACUAACCCUUUGAAAACUUAGUUUCCGUUGUAUUAAUUUCUCUAAAACACGUAUAAAAAGUAUCUACUACGUCCUUGUAACACCAUAAAGCAGAAAAAACAAUUCAAAAAAACUCUCACUACCAGAAAACUCAUUAAAAGCUACGAAAAAAUCUAUUGUUUACCACACGGCCGUCAUUUUGACGUAGAUCAACUGUUAUCUUAGGUUACUCAAUUUUAACGAGAUUCUUCUUUUCCCAUGUAAUGUAUCCUUUGUCUAUAUAAUUACACAGUUUUUAUAAAACUUUUUGAACCGCUUAUAAAGGGUUUGAAAGUUUACAUAGGUUAGAAAAACGUUAAAAUUUUGAAUGUAAAAUUGAAGUUAUUAGCACAAAUACAAAUUAAGAUAAUCUCAUAACUAUUUUAUUCAUUAUACGUCUACUGGUUUUGCGUGAGCACUAUAAUUUUUAAAAGUCACCUGUUGCGUUCAAAUCUAGUGAUAAUCGUAGCUCAGUAUAUUUCAAAAAAAAAUCUACUAUUUUUCUAUUUAUUAAAGUGAAUAUCUUCAACUCAAAUAAUUUAUUUUUUUAAACAAAUCAUAAGUAGGAUAAAUAAGAUUCCAACUUAUUUUGAGUAUAAAACCAAGAACCGUGGUUUUAGAGAGAAAAAAAUGAGACAGAUAAAGGCUCUAUGUUAAGAAAAGGCACGUUCCUGCAGAGAAAAUACGUUAGAUAUUUAGAAAUAUUAAGAAAAGUAGAUUAGGCCUAAGUAUUUCAUUUAUAGAUGAAUCCGAUGUAUACAUCUGCAGGAUACAUUGCCGAGAUGUGCUUUCUUCUCUAAUAAAACAGGGAAAUAUUAAACAAAAUUAGAGAAAUUAUCAUGAUAAAUGAACUAGUACUCAUUUCAACCUAAUUUAUUCGUGUUAUCGGCUUCUAGAAUCAACGAUAUUAAAUAUUUUGCGAUUUUUGGAUGUUUGCAAUCCUGUGGCUUAUUCUUUCUUUAAAAAUGUGUUUAUUUUGGUCAUCUAAAUAUUUUUUCGUAACUUUUUCAUAACAUACACAAAUCCCCUAUAAAUGGAACGAAAACAAUCCACUCUACGCCUCUGACUGGAGACAGUACUGUGGAAUUAUAAAUAUGGAGCCAGUAGUACUACAGCCUUACACGGGGGGCUCGACUUUCUCUAGCCUCGGACUCCGGUGUCUUACAAGGACCAUCCAUUUCACUGCACCAAUCUUUGUAGCAUAUUCAGAGACCUCGUCUCUCCAUCUUAGCCUUGAUCUCCCCCUGCCUCUACUGUCCGUUGGUAUGACCUUGAAGUUCGUUUUUGUUGUAGAUGCCUUCUACAUGUCCUGCCCAUCUAAGCCUGCCGAUCUUGAUUGUUGUAGAAUUCCUACGUCUCCAGACGUUAUUUCCUUGGAUAGCUCCGUAAAUUUUUAUCACUAUAUUUCUCUCGAAUUAACGUCUCAAUCGUUUCUUUUUUUCGAGUCCAGGCUCCCAAUCUAUGGAUUUAAACUGGUUCAAUUAACGUCUUAUAUAUUUUGAUUUUUUUACUUCUUAAGAGACUAGUUUUGCUCAAGUCCAAAAUAAUCGUAAUAUUUGGAACCGUAUUUCUAGCACUUCAUUCUUUCGAGAUUUUUCAAGGAGUUUGGACAUUUUAGGUAGAAGGCUUAUUGGACGGUAAGAUGACACGUUGGUUGGGUCUUUGCCAGUUUUACCGAUUAAUAUGAUUUGUGCAGCUCCAUAUGAUUUUGGCCAGUAUCCGAAUCUCAUAAUUGCAUUGUAAAUGUAUGUUAGCAUGACUACCCAUUUUUGAAGCAAUUAUUUUUCGGGUUUAGUAAUUUUAUUUCGUUGUGUACUUCUUUUGGAGUCAAUGCUUUUAUGGGGUGUCUUGUGUUUAUUGUAGUUGCUAAGUUUUGUUCUACUUCACUACUACUGUUAUUGUCUUAUUCGUAUUGAUUUUUAGUUCCAUAUUCUCUGCGGCGUUCCCAAAAUUUACAAAAGUUCCUUUUGCUUUUCUUAGGGCUUAGAGGUAGGACCGAGUCGUUUGCGUAGACAAGCACCUGCGGUGAUUUAUUAAAGAUUGUACCCCUGGUGUCGAGUUCCUUAUCUCGAACUACUAUUUCCAGUGCUAUGUUGAACAGGAGACACGUCAUCGCGUCUUCUACUAAUGUUAUCUCGAAUUGAUCUUAGAUUUCGACUAGAAUUCAAUUAAAGUUUUUGGUGUAGUUCAUUCAUAUCCUGGUAGAGUUUUGGUCUUGAAUAUGUCGUCCCAAAAUCGAUGAAAAUGUGAAUGGUAUCGAUGUUGUACUUGAAGCACUUCUCAAGCAUCUGGUGUAGUAUUAAAAUCUGGUCUGUUCGGAAACCGCAUUCUGGGAUGCGAGAUGUUCAAAUAUGGGAUCAGUUGGGGUAAAUAAUUGAUUACCCUUUUUUUAGUUUAGUUCAUUUGAAUCUCAAAAUUGUAAAUUGACAAAAAAAACUCUUACAAAUUAUGUUUGAAAUGAUGCUUUUAGUUUUUCGCCUGCCAUGAAUUUUUCUACUUUUAUAUUAUUUCCCUGGUUGCUUCUCAUGGAGACUAGCAAAUUGUCAUAUCAUUCACUUGAUAAACAUUUGAAUGUUAUUAUUAGUUUUUUCUUGUUUUGCGUUUUAUUCCAAUAAGAAACAAGAUAAGUGAUUGAUACGACACUUAAAUAAUUAAAAAAAGUAUAUUUAAAGAAGGAGAUUCUUCACAUUAGCUGUGAUCUACAAUAUGGAUAUCUGAAAAUGGUCUACAUUUCUUUUAGUUCUUGAAUGUAAGACUUAAUAGUAAAUUUAAUUUAAAAAAUUAUUAACUUGUUAGCUGUUUGUGUGCUUGCAAUGUUUUUGUUAUAAAAAUGAUCUAAGUCCAACGUUGAUUCAGUUCGAGAAGCUUAUUUAGAUGAUUUUAAUCAGUGUAGUUCACAUGGAUAUAGCAAGAUAUACCUAGCAGGUGUUGUUUCACAUCAAAAGACUCAAUGGCUCUGACAAAUUUUUUCUGAAACGUGGCAUAAUGAUAGUUUGAAACAAUUUAAUCAAAAGUCUCACUGUGUCGUAAAUGGGGUAGUUAAAUUGCCGGUCGGUUAAGGCAAUAUUAAAUAGGCCACUUAAAUUUGGGUUGAACAUUCCCCACCACUCAAGGCAAGGUGAAAAAAUCCUGUCAGCGUCCACAGCAAGAGAAUCUCUUCAUGUCCAUUGAGACUUUUCAUCAGCUUGCUUCAAACUAUCAUUGUGCCAAGUUUCAGAAAAAUUGGCGUAAAUCCAAUUUCAGGAUUGAGCGGUUCCUUUUUGACUAUUCCAAUACAAUUAUCACUACUGUACUUUUUUCAAAAAAAUUCAUCGUAAGAAAAAUAUAAUUUCACACUUAAACAAUAAAAAAAAGUAGAGGGAGACCGAGGUGGGUUGUGACAGAAGAGAGUUGUAACAAAGACAAUUUGUCGAAACCUAUGACCAUUAGCGAGCUGGCAACACCGUGCAAUUGUUUCUUUGAUUGACGCAGUACGCGCCAGAGGCAAGCGGUUGUGCGAGUACGACGUUUGUAUGGAAAAAAAUCGAAAAGAUAAGACUACUUUUGCCUACAUUCAGUCGUUUCUGAAGUUUUAAGCUAAAUAAAUGUUAUUCGCAUUAAAAUGUUUGCCCAAUCCAGAACCAGAACAAUCAUCAAGUGUUCAAGAAACUACGGUCAAUGUAGACCAUUUACUCCAAAUCGUACUAUUGCUACAGUUCAAAAAAAUGAAGCAAGAGCCCUUACUCCAGUUAUACCCAAAGAUCAAGUCGCAACAUCUAGCAAUCCACAUUUAAUAUGCACAAUCCUUUGCCUCCAAGUCUACAGCUCGUUCUCCUCUUGCCACUUCUAAUAAGUUCUCGCCAGAAUCAGCAAGACUACACCUACAAAAUAUUGGCUGCCAUAGAAGCCAGUAGAAAUUUAAAAAGUGUGAAAAAAUGUGUUUUAAAUGAAAAAAGAAGAAACCUAAGAAAGCCAAGUAGGAAACUAACAAGAAAAGUGCAGAAUAUACCGAAGAAAAUGCUUAUUAUUGCUUGUGUUGCCUUAAAUUCCAUAGCAGACCAAAUGAGAAGUGGGUUCAGUGCUUGGAAAGUAAAGGCUGAUCUCACGAAGAUUGCCCUAAGAGCGCGCUGCAAUACAUCUGUCAUCUGUCAUCUGUUUGUCAGAUUAGAUCAGAAUGUUUGUUUUCUUGAUGUCUAAUACUUCAUGUUAUUAUUUCUUACUUUUAUUUUAAAUGAUAAUUAAAGUACUUUUAUGCAAAAACGCGUUUUGUUCAUACAACAAAAAUAUAUGUAUCUGUCAAAUUGAGUACAUAGCUGUCACAACUUUUCUUGGUACCUGUCACAAUUUACCUCGGUGUUAGAGGAGUUGUGUCGAUAGGAGAGUUUCAGUUUUGUGGAAUUUCUCAGUCACCAUAUAAUUUAAAUAGACUUUGGUGGCUAUUUUCAAAAGAUUAAUAAUUGGCCUACAUUAUGGCAUGAUGUUUAUAAUUUUGGUAUGUUUCUUUAUUGAAAUAUGUUGUUCUAAGUAAAAAUUGUCACUACCCUCCUCGAUCUCCCCAACAUAUUAUUAAAAAUCUUUUUGUAUGUAUUCCUAAAUACACAUGAAUUGACAGCAUUCUUUUGGCUUUCGAAAUAUGUUGACUUCAUAUACGGUGUUUAAUAUAUGCUCUUAACUUAAAACAUACCUUAAGGAUUCCAUUGAUAUUAUUAUAUCAAUUAUGAAACAAAACAAAAAUUACAAUCAUCUUGGGAUUCUUAUAAGAUGUUAUUCCUUGUGAAAAUGAUGAACAAAACUUCAAAAAUGGACACAUUGUUCCCAUUUGCAAUAACUGACAUAAUCCUUAUUACUAAGCUGUUAAAUCUUGCUAAAUUCUUGCUGUUUCACAAAUCAUACCAAAAACUUGCAAGUUCUAAGCUUCCAGGUGGCUAAAAUUUAUUAUAACAAAAGUAAUAAAACAUUAAUUGAGAGCAAUAAUGAUUAUUAUUAUUUAAAAUUGACAAAGGGGUUAUUACAUGCAAUACGAGAUUAUUAAAUGAUUAAUAGGAAAUGUUUCAUGGGAAAAAUACUGUUGUUAAAAAUGGUAAUCCAUAUAAUAUAAUCGCUGGGGUUUUCAUUGGCUAGGCGCUGGAGUCAUCUUAAAUUUUGAUAUUUAACAAUUAGUUGUCUUGUUAACAAUGAAUAAUACAUCAAUAAAAUCAAAAUAAUAAACGUUCUGUUUAUAAUGAGGAAAAUACGACAAGCUGUUUAUAAUCAAUUUUUAGUCAUCUGUUAAGAACUAAACAAAAUCAAAAAUCAUCUGAAUUGAUAUAAUUGUAGUGCAAUUAUUAAGAGAUAGUUGAAUUUAUAAUGAUCUUGGAUUUGAUGAGUGAUACUUGUUUUAAAUACUGUACAGUGAUUUUUUAAAAGUAGUUGACUGAAGUAAAAUAAGAAUAUUAUGCGUGUUUUUUAGUAAAAUCAUAAUACAGUGGAAUAAAAUAAGAUUAUCGAGUUUUAUUGGUUUUUAAUGAUAAACUUACUUAAAGCAGUAUUUAUAUAUAGAAAUAUGAAAGAAAGUAAACCACUUUUUAAAUAAGAUUUAUGUUAUUAUGGUCAUAUCAAGUUUAUUCACUUGCAAAAUGAAUAAACCAUAGUUUCAAAAAUACCAGUCUGAGGAGAUAUUUCUUCAAUUUUGAAAAUAAGUCACAAUAACUGAUAAAAACACAGCUAAAUUAGGUAUUUUUUGCUACAUUUCACCUUAUUUACAUAAUGCCACCCAUCCAAUUGUAUCGUACCUAAAUAAAAUUUCACGAACUCGAUCAAUAAAUUUGAUCAUCACUUUAAAGCAAAACUCAAUAUAUUUUUAUUAUUUUAUUUAUUUGUCUUUUUACAUACCUGAACUAAUACGAACUAAUAUGAUAUGAAAAUACUGAAGAUUGACUAUUCUUCUUAUUAUUAAUGUUGGGAAGACCUCAGCUAUCAGGGUUAUUCGGCAUAUUUUUCAGUGACUAUCCGACUUCCUAUCUAUUUAUUGUUUGUGUUUGGUUUUAUUAACACUAUACAAGUUCUAGGAUUAUAAUCUUAUGUUUCAAGCACUUAAAAAUUUUGACAAAGUUUUAAUUUUAAAAUAAGAUUUUGAGGUUACUUCUGUUUUGUUGUGAAAAGUUGUGGCUAGUUCAAAAUUGUCAGGCACCCACUACAAUACUCGCUCGGACGGAGUCGGAAGUGUGUGUCCUCAUACUCGUACUACCUCACAAUAAACUCAGUCAUGCAGACAGGGAUGCCAGAUCUCACGAUUUAACAUGAUUUAUACAAAGUGGUUUUAAUGAAAGCACUCUUCAUUUUUUCCAUAAAUUUUAUCGAUAUCAUAACCUGAAAUUGUAUAAAGGAACUGUCACUCUUGAGGUAAAUAAAUAGUGGACGUCAUCUUAAGCUCGCGAAAAAUAACCGCGUUCAAUACAAGCCAAAUUUAAUUGAUACUUUAAAAAUUAUUUUGAUUUUGUGUUACAGUCCACUGCAGUAUAUAAGUUUCCUCUAAUCAAUCAUAGUGUACCUCUACAUCUAUAGUAAAAAGUAUAGUUACAAAUAAGUAGUUUUGUAGUAUUCGUAUUUUGUAUUCAAUUUAUUAUUGAGUAUCUUGUAUUUUGGACACGGCAACAAAUAAAAUUUGACAGUUGACACAAACUAACGAUUAUCGAUAGAUGUGCUAUGACACGCUUCGUGUUCGAACUUCGUUUCACUUCGGGUCCUUCGCACAUAGUUUGACAAUGUAAGAAACUAAGCGAGGUUACAAGAAGCUGUCACUACGCUAAUUUGUUCGGUUAACUUCGGUUAACUUUGCGAGUAGUGUAGAGGUUUUACCAGUUAUUAGAUUUAUAAGCAAAAAAUAACGUAUUCAAAAUAUUCAACCUAUAUUUGUUAUAAAACUGUUUUUAGUAAGUGAACUCUCGCCAAUGAAAUCUCGUUUUUUAUUCCAUUAUUAUGCGGAAUGUUGCAGAGUGAGAGACAAUGAAUAAAUAAUAGUUAAUAAUUUCAGCAAUAUCACAAACGAGUUUGGAAAGUUACUGUUUUGCACGAACCGCGUAGCAGCGAGUGCGAAAUACACUUUCCAACGAGUUGUGUACACUAGUUUUCCUACGACCACUUAAAAAAUUCUUCAUAAAAACGUAUUUUUUAAAUAAGAAAGUCAAUUAGAGUUAAAAUAUCCUAAAAAAUAUAUUUUAUUUUGUAAUAGUAGAGAUGACAAAAAUGAAAAGAAUGAUUAUGAAAUGUUUUAUAACUAGAGAACAUAAAAAGAACCAAUACAACAAUAAAUUUUUUGUAACUAUAUUAGAUACCUAACAAGAACUAAAUUAAUAAUUUUGUUUUACUUUUUUUUGAGAUGUUAUAAAAGUUAAAUGUGAAGUGGCGUUUUAAUGCAGCAAAAUCUGCUCCUGUAUUUACUAAAAUUGUGUGAAAUAAGCUACUUUCUUGUGAUCGUAAGAAAAAGCUAAUAUAACCUCAAAAAAUUAUAUUGUCUAUAUCUUCAGUCUUCUUAAAUUUGGCCUUUUGCCUUUGGGCAUCCAGCUAGAUUCAUAUUCGCGUAUUCCCUCUAUAGUUCGAGACCAUAUAUAACAUAAGGAAAAGAAGCAUUUCAAUACAUGUAUGUUUUGUUAUUUUUUAGUACAUAUGUGAAAUAAGCUACUUUCUUAGGUAAAAAUGAGUGUGCGAUCUAUCAUUUUCAUAAGUGGUCGUAGGAAAACACAUUUCUAUAUAGGUUAUAUGGAAAACAAUGGUAUGUUUGAGGUAACCUACAAAUACAAUUGUACAAGCUCAAAAUAAUUAUCAGUUUCAAUAUGAUUAUAGCAGUAGAUUUUCACGUUGCAACAUUUCACGCUAUUAUUUGGAAAUUAGAAUGUAAAAAAAGACCGAUAUCAAUUAUAUCAUUCUUUUAAUUUUCGCCAUGAUGAAAUCCUAGUAUAGACUGAAAAAAAUAUAAAUUACGAGAUGCUUUCUUACAAUAUGACAUGUAGUUUUAAAGAAAUAUAUGAAAGUUAUAGAAAAAUGGAAAGGUUUCUUUAAGAUAAAUAUUUUUUAAGUGACAGAAUUAUAUUUUGAUUCUCCAAAAUGAAAUAUUUAUAUUUGAAUAAGUGUAUAAAAACAACAAAUCCGAAUAUUAAUACACCGAGCACUGAAACAAGUUUACAAAAUUCCAUUUGUCUUAAACGAACCUUGAAUUUAGUUGUAAAAUUAUAGUUACAUUCACAUAGAGUAUAUUAUCUUGCAGUUCUGUGAAAAGUUUUGUUAUAUUUUUACCGAAAGUGCUCAUGCUGUUAUCAUGUCUAGAGUAUGUUUAAGUAGACUUUAACGAGAGAAGCUAAUUGAUUAAACAAAAACGAUAUUUGUAACAGUUUCCAGCACGGAUAACUAAUUUUCCAUUAUCGAUUCCAUAACAGAUUCGUCUGUAAAUGUGUCAAGAAAAAGUUAAAUGAUUUGAAUAUCGUUUCUUUAAAAAUAAUCAUCAGUUCGGUACGUUCAGUGAAAGUGAAAGCCCGGGUCUACAUUAGUUUGCGUUGACUGAUUCAUUUUCAAAAAUGAAUUCAAAUUGAUUCGUUUCAACGUCUUGCUUUAGUCUUGCUGAUUCAUUACACUUGUUCAAACUGAUUUUUCGUUGGUGGAAAGAAGACACAGAGACAAAACCAAAUGGCUGUUGGAAGCAUAUUAACGAAUUUAUUUUCUUUAUUGAUGCAUCAGUCAGGUUGCUUCAGUGAUACUGACGUGAAAACAUCGUUUCUUUAAAAAUAAUCAUCAGUUCGGUACGUUCAGGCCUGGUCUACAUUAGUUUAUUUUGACUGAUUCAUUUUCAAAAAUGAAUUCAAAUUGAUUCGUUUCAACGUCUUGUUUUAGUCUUGGUGAUUCAUUACACUUGUUCAAACUGAUUUUUCGUUGGUGGAAAGAAGACACAGAGACAAAAGCAAAUGGCUGCUGGAAGCAUAUUAACGAAUUUAUUUUCUUUAUUGAUGCAUCAGUCAGGUCUGAAGUGAAAAUGUUUCAAGCUUAAUUGUGUUAAACUAGGGGCGACAAAUGUUUUGUUUGUAUAAAGAAGUGGAAAUAUUUACUGUUCUUGACACAUAGACAUUUGAAUCUUGAACGUACUUUCAUAUUGAUGAAAAUAUUUCAAUAUUUAAUCUCAUUAUAAAAGGCAUAAAUACACACGUUACUUUUAUUAGUUGUUUUUCCCAUUAUAAUAAUUAUAAAUAUCAAAAAGAAAACUUCUAAUUAGGGUCCAAUACCAAAUCUUCGAAAAAUAAGAUAUCAAAGAGGCUUCACAAGGAGACAAUAAAUAAAAUGAAACAAUAUGAGUAUUUUCACACGAAAUAACUUGUUUUAUUACAUAGUGUUAAUAUUUAUUUCACCGGAUACCAUAAAACGUAUAAAAGACAUGAUUUUUUUUUUUCAAUAUGCUGAUCCAUUUCAAAUUACGCGGUAGUUCACUGACAAGUGACAAUUGACAGUACCCUACAGCUACAAACUUAAAUGUACAUCAUUUUCAAUUGAGAAUUGACAGUAUAAAAAGCAAUAAACCAAAGAGAAAAAACAAAAAGCUAGCGCGAAAAUUUUAUUAGUAGAAACUUUGCAAUUGAAAUAUAUUGAAAGAAAUUUCAGGAGGCCCUGACACUGAGGUAUAGCCACACUCAAAAUUGCGACGGAUUCUAUCUGCUUCAUGUCCUCAACUACAAAAAAGUUGACCUUGUGAAGAGAAGACAACCAUUCUGGCCGCAGUCAGCGUUGAUCACUGAUGUACUGGUGGAAGGGGUCUGGAAAACGGUGAGGCCUCAUUUCUGUACUAGAACUGUCGUGCAAAUAGCAGAUGCAGUUCGUUGAUCAUUGAGCUGUUGCGUUCAUUGUGAAGUGGAAUCACAGAUGUAGGGAAGGGUCUUUUGGCGAAUUCGAGGAACCCGGAAAAGGAUGCAAGCACUUGGGCUAGAAGAUGGGACUGCGUGGCCAUGUUUAUUAAUUCCUUAUAUAUUGACUUUUCCAAACUUCGAUGGUUUUAUGAUUAAGAUGAAAAAUUUAUUUUUCUUAGUGUAGCGAUUUGAUUUGGUAAUCUCACUAAGAAUUUUUCACUUUAAAAACAAACGUGAUAAUUUGCCUGAAUUAAUGGGAUUAAAAUUAUAUAUUUUGAUUCAUACAUUUUAAUGAUAAUUGGUUGAUUUAAAAAAAUUAAGAAACUGUAAAUAAUUGUAGAGAAGUGCCUCUUUUGAUUGCGCAUUGCUACUCUCUUGGUCAACUAUUAGAAAUAAUAUCAAUUAUUCAAUGUUUCAACUGUUGUUAAUAUUUUUUGUUUUAUUAUGAAAUAAAGCUGCAUUUUUACAAAAAAAAA